UCUAAUGUUUAAUAAACACUUGGAAAAUAGAUUUGGUGAAUAUACAGCUAUAAUCAUUUAACAAAAAAACAUUAUUGCUGAAGUCAUUUUUAAGUAACUGCUUCUAAAUUCCACGUAAAAAUAAAGUACUAUAUGUUAAAAAAAAUUAUCCAGAUAUUAUAACUAUGAUGGAACAUGCUACCAUUCUUCCACGGAGGUUUUGCCCUGUUAUUCUUCAACAUAACUCAGAACAAGAUCUAUCGUCUACCAGUUCAGGUAUUCAUUCACCACCACAGAUUCACCAGUAUGGCGAUACUUCACGAGAUGGAAAUUUUUUCAAUGGACAAACUAUAUUUCAUGUUCAGUUACCGAGUGAUAAAUCUGAUGUUUCUUAUACAACACCUAAACGAUAUGAAUACAAGAGAUAUGGCCAAGUGGAUGUACCCUUUUACAGAACAAACAUGCAUAAAUUUGAAGAAGGCAAAGACCAUAUACCACACAAUGAAUUACCUCAAGGCGGAAGUGAUAACUUUUAUGAUAUAUUACCGAGCCACACAAAUUUAGAUAAUUACAUCACAAACAACGAGGCUUUAAAAUGCUUUUCUCCAUCGUCCCAUAUAAAAUAUCCAAUUCCUACAUUUACAAAACCCUUUUCAGAAAUAAAUGCAUUGUCAAAAUGCGUGGAUGUCUCUCAAAACGUUUAUUCUUGCAAACCACGUGAUAAAAGGGAAACGAACGAACCUCGACAAAUCAAUAUUCAUUCAAAGCAAUCUGUAGACGGUCAAUCUCAAAUAAAACCGAUAUCGAACCAUCCUUUUCCCAUUGAUAUGCUGAAAUGCUCAGGAAGCUUCCUUCAAAAGAUGAAUUUGUACGUAAAACAAAUGGGUGGAUCUACACACGAAAUGAAGACAGAUCUGCAGGAAAAUGGCAGACAGUAUCAGAGGAGGAUAAAUAAAUGUCCGUACUGUAAUAAAUUCAAAUCAAGUCCAGCACAACUUAAGAUUCACUUACGUAUCCACACAGGUGAACGUCCGUUCGUCUGUUGUGGAAAAGGUUGUGAGAAGACAUUUGCCAGGAACGAAGAACUGACACGACAUCUUCGCAUUCAUACAGGUUACCGUCCCUAUAUCUGCCGUGUGUGUCAACGUCGAUUCGGAAGGAAGGAUCAUUUACGCAAGCACGAAAUAACUCACCAGAGCAUAAGAGAUAAGAAGGUUUAUGUCUGUCUUGUAGACGGCUGCACACAAAGUUACACUCGAUCAGAUGCAUUGGCAAGGCAUCGUUGGAAUGUUCACUUAAUUAGUCCACAGAUAAAUAACGUUCGAGUAAGAACCAUUAAUACACGUGGUCAGAUAAAAUAAAUAAGAACUAUAUUUUUGUUGAAAUUCUCUCGAAUAAAGAACUUAAUAUGAAA